AUGGCAAAGGAAAUUACUGACUAUGAGGUUUGGUUCUAUAUUAAUCUCAAUUCUCACAAGCACAUCAUCCGCACGAUUGGCUGUGUUGAAAAUGAGCCAAAUUUAACGGUAUUAGUACAAGAAUUUGCACGUGACGGCGACCUAGGCAAUUUACUUUUGGACAAUGUAUUUAGACCUUCGCAAAAAGUACUCAUCGAAAUAUUCUUACAAAUAGCUGAUGGAAUGGCUUAUAUUGCACAAAAUCGUGUUGUACAUGGUGAUUUGGGCUGUCGAAACAUUCUCGUCUUCGAAAAAGACCCCAAUGAACCGAAAAAAAAUAAAGUUAAAAUUACUGAUUUCGGACUAGCACGCCGAUUAGAUUCAACUGGUGAUGAUUAUAACACAACAAUCAUACCGAUCCGUUUUUGUGCACCUGAGAUUCUACAAAAUAAUAUUCAAUCAAAUUAUUCAGAACAAUCUGAUGUCUAUUCAAUGGGUGUUCUAAUGUGGGAAGCUUUGUCUCAUGGUAUGAUGCCUUAUGCAUCUAUUGCCAAUGAAAAUAAUGUUAUUGAGGAAAAAUUGAAUAAUAGAAGAUUGACAAAACCAACGGAAUGUAAUUCAAAGUUGUGGAAUAUAAUUGAAGAUUGUUGGCACAUGAAUCCAAAACAACGAUGCACUUUUCAAAAGAUAAAAAAUCAGCUAUCCAAUUUUGAAGAGAAUAGCAUUCAGAUAGGUGAUAUUCGACUUGUUGCGCCAACUUUCAGGUAA